AUGGAGAAUAGUAAUGAUUUAGACGCAAAUUUUAUAGAUAUUUCUUUAGAUGAUUUGCGCGACAUUGAGUUACUGGAAGCUAGUAUUUUUGAUGAAAUUGCUAGAAAAAAUUAUUUGAGUGAAAAUAAAGAAUCAAAGAUUGAAGAUUAUAAUAUCUAUCCUUCAAAAAAACGCAAACGUAUGUUUAUUCCUAGUGCAUCUGAGAGUGAAAGUGAUGACGUGGAAAAAUUUGUAAAUAAAAACAUUGAUAGAUUAACGGCGAGUACGUCACAAAAAUGGCUUCAACCAAAAGGAAAUCAACCAUCUGUUAUAGCGUUUACAGAACUAACAGAUAUGAGAGAACCACAUACUACGCAACUUCGAAAUGCUGCUCCAGGAGAAUAUUUUAGCCUGAUGGUUCCGGAUGAAAUUUUCGAAGAAAUUGCUAUUCAAACCAAUUUGUUUGCAGAGCAACAAGGACCUAGUGAAAAGCCUUCGUCUCGCUCAAAUAACUGGAAAGCAACCACAAAAGUUGAGAUAAAACUGUUCUUCGGAUUAAUCUUAUAUAUGGGACUUGUUAAAAUACCUAAAAUAAACCUUUAUUGGAGUACUGACAGGGUUUUUGGGCAAAUCUUUGCUGCAUCUGUUAUGAGCCGUAACAGAUUUGAAUUACUAUUGCAGAAACUGCACUUUACGAAUAAUGAUACGGCUGAUGUGUUUGAUAGAAUUUUCAAAAUACGACCCCUUUUAGAUAGUCUAAACAAAACUUUUAAAAAUAUAUAUGCACCUAAGGAAGAUAUUUGUAUUGCUGAAAGCCAAGUGCCUUUCAGAGGUCGCAUCAUUUUUAGACAAUAUAACAAAAGCAAGAGGCACAAAUAUGGUAUGAAGUUAUUUAAACUUUGUACAUUACCAGGAUAUACAUGCAAAUUGGAACUGUACGCUGGCAAAAAUAAUGAACUAGUGAAUACCACACCUACAAGAGUGAUAAUGUCUAUUUGUAAGCACAUACUGGGCUGUGGUCACACACUUGUAACUGACAAUUGGUAUACAAGCUUGGAGCUGGCCAAUGAACUACUCGAUAAGGACACUCAUUUGGUGGGUACUUUGAGGAAAAAUAGAAGAGGUUUGCCGAAAGCGGUAGUAGACUCCAAAUUAAAACCAGGCGAAGUAAUAGCUAUGGAGAAUGAACGAGGAAUAUGCGUAUUGAAGUGGAAGGACAAAAGAGACGUGCUGAUGUUAUCCACGAAACAUUCUAAAGGAUUUUCUAAAAAAAACUAA